UAGCGAUUAAUAAAUUACGUGCAGAGUUAAUGAAUAAAUCAAGUAUGAAGAAUUUUCGAAGUUUAUUCUUCAAUCGGAAAUUUCCAUCUAUAUUUCAAUUCUUUCGUUCAAAAUGACCGAUACUUUCGAACCUCAGCAGAAUCACGCGCUAAUUUGAGGUUAAAACAACGGAGGUCAGAAUGGUUCGAAAGAUUGGUGCAACGGUUAUCAAAUGCGCAGACGGAAUAAUCAGAAUUCAAGAGAUCUCGGUUUUACAAUCUCAGUGUACAGUGGAAACUAGAUCAUUGGUCACUUUCUACAUCAAUUUAUGAAACCCUAAAAAAUAAAACGUUUUAACAUUGAGUGAAAUUUAAAUAAACAAAGGAGAGUGACGGCAACUGUUCAUUAUUGUAUUUGUAAACGAUCGUGUACAAAGAUAUUAGUGAAUGAUAAUAAAAAAUCAGUGAAACCUUUUUUCUACUGAGUGAAAAAGUUGAAAUCAAAUAAUUUUUGUUUGUUGAUAGAAUAAUAGAAAAGGAACACUAUCAGAAUCAAUGUGACCAUUAAACAAUUAUUUGCGCUCAACUAUUUUAUUUCCAACACGCUCACAUUAUUACAUGGCCCUGAAGUUUUUAUCGCAACUACGAUCGUUGUUGAAUUGUGUCCCUGAGCAUAAUUCUAUCUGUUGGAAAAUCUUUGCUCUUAAAAUGUCUUCGACAACUGCGGCUUUCAGUACAGACCUCGGAGCGAUGCGAAUCAAGUACAAAGAUAAGAGUGAAACGUUUACGGAGGACCAGCUGAUCAGUAAAGAACCGUUUGGACAAUUCAAAGAAUGGUUCGAUGUUGCGAGCAAAACACCCGGCAUUCAAGAGCCUAACGCUAUGUGCCUUGGCACCGCGACAAAAGACGGCUUACCAUCUGUCAGGCCAGUUCUGCUCAAGGGAUUUAGCUCCGAGGGAUUCAAAUUUUAUACGAAUUACGAGAGUCGAAAAGGUCGCGAACUUAGUGCCAAUCCAAAUGCAGCGUUGACUUUUUUUUGGGAGCCUUUGCGCCGGACGGUCCGCAUAGAGGGACGAGUAGAAAAAACGUCUGCCGAAGAUUCGGAUAAGUACUUUGAGUCCAGACCAUUUCCCAGUCAAAUUGGUGCUCAUGCGAGUAAGCAAAGUGCAGUAAUUGCUGGAAGGGAUUCACUCAUGGUCAGAGAACGAGAAUUAUUAGCACGUUUUACAGAUGGCAAAGUUGAUAGACCCGAAUGCUGGGGCGGAUACAUCGUGAUUCCAAAUACCGUUGAGUUCUGGCAAGGCCAGAGCGAUCGAUUACACGAUAGAAUUCGUUUCAGACGACCCAAGAAAGGAGAGAAAAUUGACAAUAUUUUGGUCCAUCAAGGUGAAAACGGAUGGGUGUUCGAGAGAUUAUCACCAUAACUGAUAAUACAGCUUUAUAGAUAGAUUUUACGUAGGUUUUUUUACAGCGGUUAAGGAAAUUUUUAUUUUUCAAAAGUAAAAAAAAAUCAUAGCCAUGUUCAUUGGGUUUUGCGUCUCGUCAGUUUCAUUAUUUCUCUCUGCAAGCCUGAAAUAACAUAAAGUUAUUUAGUUUUUCAAGUAACAUAAACAAAGUUUCAAUUUAAUAUACAUUUCACUUGAUUCUAAUUUGUUAUGUUAAUUUACCUUCUGUACUUUUCCAUACAAUUUCAACAUCGAAAAAAUUAUCCUCUUUGACUAAAGUCUCAAAUUGUCUCAUUCCUCCGCCAACACCAAAAUAAUAUGUUUUCCCUGCUACGUAUCUAUAAUCAUAAAGAAAUUCAGACCCAUGUUGAUCAUGAGCCAAAUGAUGUAUCAAGAACAAGUUCUUCUGCUAUAUUUUCCUUGAUAUGAAGCGAGAUGUGGGAACUUGAAAAUAUUUCGUGAUGCAUGUAGAAAACUUGUUAUAGUUGCAUAUUCUCAGGGGUGUACAGUUAUUAGUAGUUUUUGAAAAACUAUAUUUUAUACAUCCUGCGAGCAUCGAAUAGCAAAUUUUGAAGAAUGCUUCUUACCAAAUUGUCUAUUAACAGCAAUUGACAGAAAAUCAAUUAUAGAACUGAGUAAAGUGACAAUAAAAAUUCAUAAUUCUACAAACCCAA